GAAAUGAGGUUUGCAUUUUGUUCUGAAAGCAGAGUUUAGUUGUGGAGGAGGGUUUUGCCAGGGGGAGCUGGUUAGUUGCAAAUUCACUGGCUCUGGCGACCCUGACCGCCCACUACUACCAUGGAUGGAGACCCUGAAUAGCCUAGCUCCCUCAGGUAGGAUCUCAGCUGCGCCACCACGAUUCCACUAUCCCUGGGGCCCAGGAUUGGGGCAGUUCUACUUUCGUUCCCAGGGAAGUGCUGAGCAUAGAGUGAGAGGGACAGUGGCAGGAGAGGGGCCCAGGGUGUGUGGGGAAGCGUGGGCCUGCUGCGGCUGGUGAGUAACUCUGCCAGGCGCCCCUGCCGCUCCCCCAGCUGACAGCCGCCUACGCUUCACAAUCGGAGCCAGUUUAUCAGGAGAGGGGGAACAGGCACUUUGAAGCUUGUUGCCAUCUCGGUUGCCGUGGCAGCAGCAGUCCUGUGUUUCCUGACAUGGGGAGCGGUGGUGAGUACAGCAGCUGAGCUGAACGAAGAGACGCCCAGGAGAUUCAAUCGUUCGGGGUCCCCGAGGGCCUGUGGGGAGACUCGCGGAUGGGCCUCUGGCACUCCACGCCACAGCUGGAUUGCACCUCCUCCGUGUGCCAUAGAUCUGGAUCUGUGAGAUUCUCCUUGGAAAGGGCAGUAUGUGAAGCAAACAUCAGUACCUGAGACUAAGCUGCACUGAUGACCCUUCAAAAGAGGGCACCCCCCCUCCCUCAUACCACCGGGCCAUAAAUGUCCCACCAGAAGCAGAGCAGCUUUCCUGGCCUGCCGUCCCGGUACAGCGGUGAUGGAUGCUUCCAGCAUGGCACUGUCAUGGGGGCCUCAGGCUGGGCUGGCCAGGAUCCUGAGAGCUAUAAAAGAAGCCCACGGGCAUCUCGACCCUGUUCCGUGUCGGAACUGGAGAGGAGCUACACAAACAGCUACCCCUUGUCAGGGGUCCCCUUGCAAGGAGAGAACCCUCUGAACGGGACGCCAGGACCCUGGGAGCCCGGCCACUCAAACAGCGCAUGGAGAGAAUCCAGCAGGGGCUUUUUUAGGCCCAAGCACAUCGAAAGAGCCAGGUCCAUGAGCCCCUUGCGAGGGAUCCACUCCAUAGAUAGUGGGAUAGUUUUAACCAAUGGCAUGGAAUGUGCCUGGAAACAUUCCAGCCCACCACUCAGAAGGAGGCAUUCUUUAUCUCGUCUCCCGGACUGGGACACAGAAGAAUAUGGUCCCAUGCGGCCAUUGGUUCGAAGGGUGUGGAGUGGAUUGGAGCUGGACCUGCGGGCAUCUUUACCAGAGAAUGUGCAGAGGACUGCAGGGCUGGGGCCCUCUCUGCGGGACGCUCCUGGGGUGCUAGAGGGACAGGCAGAAGAGCUGCAGAAACUGGAACUCAACAGGGUGAAGUUUGAGCUGCUUUCCAUUAAGCAGAAGCAGAUGGAGAGCUCUCUCGCCCAACUAGAGAAGGAAAAGAGCUGGUUGGACCUGUCCCGCUAUGAAGACCAGAAACAGAGAGGGGACCUGCAAGAGAAGAUCCUUAAUUUGGAGAUGGAGGUGGUGAAGGCCAAAUCCUGCUUGAGCAGAAUGAGCUGCCGCUCGGUCUCCCCAAGUCCCAGACAGAGGUUGUCUGCGGAAAAGGAGGAGCUGAACCGAGAAAUGACAGCUCUUCAAGAAACCCUGAGUGGUUACAAGGAGCACAUGAAGGUUCUGGAAGCAGAACGGGAUGAAAUGACCCAGCAGCUGAACUCAGCCAAAGAGGGGCAACAGCUGGCUUUCAGCCAGACCAAUGAGGCCAACCAGAGAGUGACGGACUCGCUCCAGGCGACAACAGCACUGCACAAGGAAAUUGGCAGACUCCAAGUGGCUUACAACAGCACCAGCCGGGAGAAGGAGCUGCUGUCUUCCAAGGUGGCCAGACUGGAGGAGAGAGUAUCUGAGCUCACCAUGAAGCUGAAGCCUGCCCUGUCCAACAGGGAGAGGUUCCUAAAGGAGAAAGUGGAGCUGCACCAGCAGGUGCAGGAUCUCACCCUGCAAUUAGAACAUGCGCAGCGGAGCCGAGAGGGAUUCAACAGCCAAGUGUCAGACCUCCAUCUGGAGCUGGUGAAUGCCAAGGCCCAGGCCAACCGCCAGGACCAGGAGAAGGUCCUGAUGAAGGAGGAGCUGGUGACCCUCAGACAGGUAAAUGAGAAGCUUUCCUCUGAACUGGGUCAGAGCCGCCAGAGACUGGAGACCUCCCUGGGUCAGCUCCACCAGCUGGAGGCUGAGAAGAAGAUCCUGACCAAUAGGAUCCAGGCCCUGGAGACUGAGCGCACGCAGCUGCUGGGUGAACAGGAGGCGCUGAAGUCAGAAAUGCAGAGGGAUGCUGGAGGCCAGGGGAAUGAUGUGGCAGCUCUUCAAACGACCUGCGAAGGGCUCAGGGCAUCGCAGUCCCUGUUGCAGGCGGAGAAGGAAGCCCUGCAGGCUCGCUGCAUGGAGCUGGAGGCUGCCCUGCGGCACAAGCAGGAGGAGUUGUGUGGCCAGCUUGCAGAGCAGCAGCAGGUCUCCCAGCACUGGAAGGACAGAUGGAACCAGGCGGCUGUGGCCCUAAAAACCAAAGAGGAGGAACUGGAGCAAGCACAUGUGGCACGUCAGAGCUUGUCUGCCAAGCACACAGAGCUCCUGGAGGACUGCGAGCUGCUCCAGGUGGAUGUGGAGGAGCUGGCCGAGCUGAGAGGCGCCAUGUGCAGCCUGAAGGAAGAAAACGGAGACUUAAUGAGACAGCUGAGGGAGCAGCAACAGGCCACCCAGCUGCUGCAGCUACAGCAAGAGCUGGCUACAAACACAUCUGUACCGGGAUCAGACUCAGAGAGGACUUCAGAACAAGAGGCCCUUUACAGAGAGAUCCAGGAAACCCACGACAGGAUAAAGAGGCUGGAGAAUGAAAAAGCUGAGAUGAAGUCCGAGAUCAGGAAGCUGAAGCUGGAUGGCGCUUCUGUCCUGCGGAUUGAACUGGACGCCUGUAAGCAGGAGCUGGAGCUGGAAAAGAGCCGCAGUCAGGCUCUGAAUGGCAAAGUGCAGCUGCUGCAGUCCAGGCGCUGGGACAAUGCUACUCCACCACGUGAGCAGAUCAAGUUCCCAGCAGCCUCCAAUACCACAACAACAUCUGGCUUAGAGAUGGAUUGUCCUGUGUCCUCUCCAAGAAGUUCUCAGAUUUCCAGUCCUCAAGGAGAGCCGUUGGCCAUGGAGAGCCCCCAGGGCUUGAUGGCCUCAGGGGGCCUGUCUGAGGUGGAGAGCCUGAAGCAGGAGCUCCAGAGGGAGACUGCAUCCCGGCAGGAAAAGGAGGAGCUGAUCUGGACUCUGAGAGAGGAAUUAGAAGAACUGAAACUAAAGCAGCCAGGAGACAUCAAGGCCUCCCUGGAGGAAGUAGACACAGAGUUAGUGCUGGUCCGAGAAGAGCUGCAGAAGGUUUGGGACAUGCUGAAAACACGUGAUACGGCACUGGAAGAACGACACCUGGAGUUAGAAUCAGCCAGGAACCAGUACACUGAAUGCAGCUCAGAGAAGCUGAGACUGGAACAACUCGUCGCCUCUCUGGAGCACCAGCUGGCGGAGAGGGAACAGGCCUUGAGGCACCUUCGACAAGCAAGUGAGAUGGAAAAAACCAAGCUGGAGAUUCAAGCCUCUUCGUUAGAGCUGAAGCUGCCAGAAGUGGAGGUCCUGAGAGACGACGCCCACCGACGCAACCAGGCAUCGGGCCCCCCAGAGGUACAGAACUGGGGCCCCAGGCAGAGCCGUGCCAGCCGCUCCGAGGGGAAGUGCUCCCAGUGUGAUGCUUUUCUGGCCCAGCUGAACAAGAUGAUUCAAAGCUGUACAGAGAAAGGGGCUGUGCUGCAGGAGGACCAGACCUUGACCUACCUGUGUGAGCUGCAGGGGCUCCUCAAGGGGCUGAGUCAGUGCACAGCCGGCCAAGUCACAAGGAGCCCCCAGGAAAAGAGCCAAACCUUGGAACAGCAGCAUCAGCUGGUGACCGAGCAGCUCAAGGGCUUGUUCAGACAGAGGCAGCAGCUGCAGUCAGGGCACAGGAAGCUGUCAAGAGACCAGAAGGACGAGUGCUCAGUGGAGCAAUGGGUGAAGAACUCUCAAGUGAAUGCAAGAGGAGCCAUCAAGCCACACGGGAAACCUCCACAGGAGCUAAGAGAAAAGCAGCAGCCUGUGCCAGGAGAUCUGGGCUUCUCCACCAGCACCGAAGAAGCGCAGAGCCUCAGGCUGCAACUGCAAGAGAAAACGGAAAUGAUUUCCGCCAUGGCCUCUGAGAUCCAGGGACUGCAGCAAAAGAACGAACACCUGAUGAAAGCGAAACUGCGGUUUCAGCAGCAAAUCCAAGACAUCCGCAGCCUCCAGCAGCAGCGACAGGAAAGGAGCGACUCAGACCUGCUGGUUCCUAGGCUCUCCAGCCGGCAGGAGCUGGAGUUGGGGCUGAGCCAACGGAGCGAUGGCUCUGCACCUCCGACUGGCGGUGAUCCCCAUGCUUCUCUGUACCUAGCCAAGCAGGUGGUGCUGCCCGAGGCAGGAGACGAGCUGUGUUGCUUCAGUUCUGAAAGCAGUGGCAGCCAGUCCCACGGGUCCCAGGCAGGGUCAGAACUGCCAGCGCUGCCGCUGAGCAAGCUCCCUGCUGAUCCUGUGACUGGGAAGCUGCCUCCCCCGUCCACACUGCCCCUCCCAGCCUCCACCUCAGCAUCUGGCAAAUCCUCCCCCGAGGCCCGCUCGGCCCCAGUGAGCCCCCGGAGCCAGCCUGGCAGCCAGGAGUCCUCGUACACUCCCAAGGGGGCAGUGCUGCUCUCGCCAAGACCCUUCCGGGCACAACGACUGGGCUCGCCCUUUAAAUUCAGAGUGAGCCCGGAGCCCCCAGGGGAGAGCUGUGGCAGCUGAAGCACCCUGUCCGUUGAGAUCAGACUAGAUGAUCACAACGGCCCCCUUCUGGCCUUGGAAUCUAUGAAUCCUGCAUGGCUGGGUACACGUGGCUUUGAAUGAUCCGCUCUGUGCCCUCUCCUUGUCCCCUGAGCUGUUCGCCGUAGAGUCUGGCUGGUAAAUGAAUGAACAUAGCAUGUUCUCUUGGAACUGGCUGUUUCCCCCUGGCAGCGGCGAAAGGUGGUCUCCUGACCCCUUGGGUUGGAAUUCAGAUUGGGGGCAUUACAGGGGAGGGGCUGUUCUUGCACUAGCCGGGCAACUAAGUCCAACAGUCCCUAGUUCCCCGCGCACCUGGGCCUCCUGGAGUAGGGAGCCAUCAGUGUGGUCUGUGAGCAGCAAAUGGUUCGAUGUAUGCUACAGGUUCUUUCCUUGCCCGAGCAUCUGAGCACCUGCCACUCAUGCGUUAAGGGAUUUGACUCACUUUUGCCAUGCGUAGUUCUUGCUUUCGCUCGUCUUCUCCCCAGGGGGAGAACUGUGUGCAGUGGAGUGUUGGGAAACAUACCCCCUGCUCUGUGUUUAUAUGGGGAAGGGACGGUCAGAGGGGUGCGCCUGGCACCUAGACCAUGAGGUGGGGAGGGUUGUGAUGGUCCUUGGGUUCAUCCCACAGUCUGAGGCUGGCCCCCAAGACAGCUCUGCCUCCUGCAUAGCCGAGCUUUACCCUGAAGUUAGGAAGUGCCUUGGUGCCAGAGGCGCAGAGCCCAACCAGGCCCCAGCCCAAACCUUUAGGUGAUCUUCUACAUAGGCUGGGCCUCUUCUGUUCCCCUGAGACAGAGAGCUUGCUUCUCCCUUUCCUGGAAGCUCAACCUCCUGAGGGAGAGGAGGCCGUAGAUAGAGUACCCCCAAGCUACACCAGCUGCAUUGCUCAGCUGCUGCACUGAGGAACAGGCAGCAGAGCAGGCCCACGCAGCUCACUGCCUCCAGUUCCCUUGUCCCUAGCAGCCCUGCCUUCAGAGUCAUCAGGCAAUGACCACUGGAUGGGCCCACCUUUUGCAUUGUAAGCAAGAUCUCCCUUACUGCUCACUGCUGUGCUGCCACAGCCCUUCCAAAGAGCUGAAAGAGUUGGUGGAGGGGGCAGGUGCCCCACUGGCAGUGCUUGGGUUUCCCAGGGAAGUGGGUUUCAGUGGUGGGCAGCUAAGGAUUGUCAGCAUAGUCACAGAUGGAUUUGAUUUUUGUGAAGACCUGAUGCCCUCUGGAGCAGGUCUUGAUCCUCUUCCCCAGCUCUCCGUGCUGCCCUGUGCUUGCUGUGAAAACCCCUUGGCAUCGGGCACUGAUCGCUAUCCCCGCAGCUGAUUUCUGGGGUGGGAGCAAAUCCCCACCCUCACUAUCCUGCUUCCUGUGUGGAUAAUGUGUCUGUCUUCCAUAAAGGACUGAAAUGUG